AUGGCCCUCUCGCCAGCCCCUGGAUUUCCUGUAAACUACGGUGCCCAGCAGGUGCCCAGCAGGUGCCCAGCAGGUGCUUUGCCGGGCGUGUCUGUUGUUGAUGGGGCCCGAGGGCCGUCUGGGCUCCGGGUGACGCCGCGUCCAUCCGCAGGCCCGAGCCGCGGCGUCGGCAGAGUGGGGCGCCGUCACCCGCCCGUGCUGCGCAUGGUUCUGGAGGCGCUGCAGGCGGGCGAGCAGCGCCGGGGCACCUCGGUGGCCGCCAUCAAGGUUUACAUCCUGCAGAAGUACCCGACGGUGGAUGUCAUCCGGCUCAAGUACCUGCUGAAGCAGGCCCUGGCCACUGGCAUGCACCGCGGCCUCCUUGUCAGGCCCACCAACUCCAAGGCCAAGGGGGCCACCGGCAGCUUCAAAUUGGUUCCCAAGCAUAAAAGGAAAGUUCAACCCAGGAAGACCUCCACCAUGACUGCCCCCAGGAAACCCGGUGAGGGCAAGGAGAAGGUCCCCAAGAAGCCAAAGGAGGCAAAGAAGGACCCUCCCAAUCCAGACAAGGUGAAAAGGGGACCCAGGAAGCCAGGAGAGGCGAGGACUGCUCCUCCCAAACCAGGUACAGCCAAGGAGAAGGCUCCCAAGAAAGGCAGCCAGACCAAAAACCAAGAGGCAAGAGUGAGUGAGGCCAGGAAGGUCUCCCAACAGCCAGACAAGGCCACGCAGGCCCUUCCCAGGGCCACGGGGCCCAGUGGGAAGUCAAAGGUCAAAGGCAGGAGGAAUAGCCAAGGUGGUGAGACCCACAGGAAAACAAAAGCUGGGAGUCGGAAUUCAAAAUCCACCAUCCCCAAGGGCACGAAUGGUGCUGCUUCUCCAGCCAAGAAGGAAAACCGUGUCCCUAAAGAAGUCAUUGCCCAUGCGGCCAAGGAGGGACCUAAAGCCAAGGCUGCUGCUCCUCCGAAUGGUGGCAGGUCUAAGAUGCUGCCUGAACACCUGGCCAGGAAGACAGAGGCCCCCAGGGGCCCUAGGAGGACUGGCAUGCCCACCAAGUCCUCCUCAUCCAAACUGGCCAGUAGGAAGGCAGAGACUGAGAGCUAGAGCUGGGGUGGAGACACUGAGGUUCUGCCUGAGUUUUUAUUCCCCAACAAACUGUCACUCUAUUUAUUUCAUUGUAAACUAUUUAUCAAUAAAGACUUUUUUUUCCCCUCACAAA